AUCCGACCUCUUCUUCCCUCAGGUAAACCGCCCCGGUUUCGCUCAGAUGUUCUUCGACGCUGCGUCAGAGGAACGUGAACACGCCAUGAAGCUCAUCGAGUACCUUCUGAUGAGAGGAGAACUGACCUCUGAUGUUACCACCCUGCUGCAAGUUAGGGCCCCCGAACGCAAGACCUGGGAAGGCGGAGUAGAAGCCCUGGAGCACGCGCUGCGCAUGGAGAGCGAGGUCACCAAGAGCAUCAGGAACGUCAUCAAGUCCUGCGAAGACGACUCCGAGUUCAAUGAUUACCAUCUGGUUGACUACCUAACUGGAGACUUCUUGGAAGAGCAGUACAAGGGUCAACGCGACAUCGCCGGCAAGGCCUCUACCCUCAAGAAGCUCAUGGACCGCCACGGUGCUCUCGGAGAGUUCAUCUUCGACAAGAAACUUAUUGGCAUCGACAUCUAAGUCAAUCGCCACCAUGUAGUUUAAAAACUAUCAAUAAAACCUUCUUAUUGUAACCUAUUUUUUUAAUCUGUUGCCAUUUGUUAAAAAAAAGUUUUGAGUCGCUGUUUAGAAUGUUUGAAAAUCAAAAUACGUAUUGUUCUUUUCUUAAUUUGCAAACAAAAUGGCGUAUACUAUACUUAUUUUUGUAAUAAAAAUUCACAAAUUAGCCAACCCCGUAGGUAUUAUUGUACAAAAUAUUAGUUUAAGAAUAAUUUCUGUAUUUAAAAUCAUGUACUCCACUUUAGAUUGUAUGCAGUCAAUUAUAGGCUUAUUUUUGUCGUCUGGUAACACUGUACGGCAAAAACGCGAUUUCUUAUUCCUAUUGCAACACUUUUUUCCAUCAAAAAGUGCUUAUUGAACAAAAAUAUGGCUGUUUAUAAUUUUGUUUAAUUAUUUCGUAAAAUAAAGUUGAUUCAUACAUUAAA